UUAACUGUAAGUGAAAUCUGUUUACCUUCUUAGGUUUUCUUUUUUUUUCCUUCCACAUCCUGUUCCUGGCUGUUCUCCACUCUUGUGGACAUGUGUUUAUUACAUGUCGGCGUGCUCAGGUACGUGCACCACGGCCCGCGUGGAGGUCAGAGACCAGCUUGUGGCCGUUGGUUCUCUCCUCCUCCUGAGUGAGUCAGAUCGUGCUCCCAGCCAUCUCGCCAUCUCACCAGCCAUCUCACCAGCCCGGCUCUGCCUUUCCCCUCCCUCCUGGUGACUGCCUUUUUUAAUGCUUGUAUGCAAGACUGUCCUUUCUUUCUUAGCUCCCACGUUAAGCAGGAUUCUCUUAAGUUUCUGCUAACUAAACUUGGAAUUUAUACAUAACAAACAGGAUUAAAAUGACUGUCACGUAAAUGGUAAAUUGAGAUCAUACUUAAUACUCUCCCAUGCCUGUACAUCUAUAUAAUGCAUAAUCAGUUUUCACAUUAGGAAGAGACUUUGUAGGUCUUCAUAUGGAACGUAGCAUAUUCUGAGGUUUCAAUAAAGAUUUGAGGGUAAACUAAAGAAACAAGGACGUUUACAGAUUAAUCAUCAAGAUCCCCCUAAAUUGUGCCUGCAUUUCCUCUACUGUGUGGUGUAAUGGUUAUUUUCCUGUUGCUUUUCUUUCAAGAACAAGAUUUUAGGUCUGCUAAAUACCUAAGAGACACUAAACCAAAAUGGUAAUAAUUACUAUGGCUCCAAAUGAAAGAGUUUUGUUUUGUUUGAUGAUGUCAUCGUCGCUGUUGUUUUGAGUUAGAAUCUUACGUAGCCCAGGUUGGCAUGAACUCACUGUAGCUGAGGUUGGCCUUGCUGAACCUCAUCCUCUUGUUUCCCAUUUCCUGGGCGCUGGCUUUACAGGUGUGCACCAUCAUUCCUAAAGAGCGGUCUGUACACCCUGGGAUGAAGGAACUGUUGUUGAUAAGUCCCUUUUAAGACAAAACUAUCUGUCGGAUUGUGGCCAGUGUCAUCAUGAAGUCAGUAGGACAGCCUUACAGGAAUGGGGUCUGGUAUGCAGCAUACGUGGGGAUAAGCAUGGGAAGAGGUAGAAAGGGCCAGGAGUGUGAGAAAGAAGAAACUGCAGAAAUGGAGGACCGAGAGACCCUCCUCUGUGUAGCCCAGGCGAGAAGCAACAGGGGGCAUGGAAAGGCUGCAAACCGUGCUGACUGCAAACUGCAGGUAGUUCUUAGUUUUCCUUAAAUAGACACCAAGCUUCUUCCAUGUGUUCACGGUGUAAGAGAGAGAAAAGGAACAGGAGUGUUCAUCUCAGGAGAUCUAAGUAGAUUUAUAAACAUCUCAUCCUGCUGUACUUGGGCAGUUGACAAAAAGUCUAUAGUUAGUUGACUUUUUUUCUCCCUUUUCCUGUUACUUUUCUUUUUUUCUUGUCCUUGCUUCUUUUUCUAUACAUUUUCUCUUUGGAUUUCAGCAGAUGUAGAAACUUCUUAGAUCAUUUAUUCCAUUCCCAGUACCUACACUCUACACCUACACUCUCAGGAAAUAUUGUCACCCUCCAAGCCUCUCUGAUUCCGGAAUCUUCUGGAAAAUACUCUUAGCACUGGGCUUCUAGGACGUCUGAUAUUAAUAUUCAUUUGCAAAUUUGAUAUCCAAACUGGUAGCUCCUUAGAAGAAAGGGGUAAGACUGACUUACUUGAGCAGCCUUACAUGUAAUAUGUUAGUGAACAAGAGCAUGCAUGUUUUUUUCCUCCCUGUGCACACAGCCAGAAUAGCAGUGGCACUGAGGGCUGGAGAUGUGUGACUGGAGAGCUAAAGUGCACAUGAUGUAAAGUGUCUGGGGUUGACUGAAGUUGAGUGACAGACUUGCUUAGCUGAAGUGUUCUGAGGCAGAUGUGUCAGGGAUGGUUUGGGAACCAGAAACUAGAUGCAGUGCUGUGUAGUGACUACUUGGUGACUAUCCUGGUCAGGUGUACACUGCAUCCUCAUGUCCAUCCUGGUCAGGUGUACACUGCAUCCUCAUGUCCAUCCUGGUCAGGUGUACACUGCAUCCUCAUGCCCAGCCUGGUCAGGUGUACACUGCAUCCUUGUGUCCAUCCUGGUCAGGUGUACACUGCAUCCUCAUGCCCAGCCUGGUCAGGUGUACACUGCAUCCUCAUGUCCAUCCUGGUCAGGUGUACACUGCAUCCUCAUGUCCAUCCUGGUCAGGUGUACACUGCAUCCUCAUGUCCAUCCUGGUCAGGUGUACACUGCAUCCUCAUGUCCAUCCUGGUCAGGUGUACACUGCAUCCUCAUGUCCAUCCUGGUCAGGUGUACACUGCAUCCUCGUGUCCAUCCUGGUCAGGUGUACACUGCAUCCUCAUGUCCAUCCUGGUCAGGUGUACACUGCAUCCUCAUGUCCAUCCUGGUCAGGUGUACACUGCAUCCUCGUGUCCAUCCUGGUCAGGUGUACACUGCAUCCUCAUGCCCAGCCUGGUCAGGUGUACACUGCAUCCUCGUGUCCAUCCUGGUCAGGUGUACACUGCAUCCUCGUGUCCAUCCUGGUCAGGUGUACACUGCAUCCUCAUGCCCAGCCUGGUCAGGUGUACACUGCAUCCUCAUGUCCAUCCUGGUCAGGUGUACACUGCAUCCUCAUGUCCAUCCUGGUCAGGUGUACACUGCAUCCUCAUGCUCAGCAUGGUCAGGCAGUUUGCAGUUAACUUUUUGGGUAGUCUAGACAUUCUGAGGUUUGUCUGGAGUCUUCUAGAAAAAUCACUGCUCAUCACAUGGGGGAGAAACAGGGAAGGAUUUCCAAGGCACCAUGUGACAGACUGUAGUGGUGAUGACUCGCAGAGCUUGGAGCUCGUGGCAGCAAGGAAAGUCGUGAGGAAUGAGGUUGGAGAGGGCCUACAUAGAGCGCUGAUGGCUGUGGGGAAUUGUGGGAAGUUUUAAAUUCAAAGGACUGGUACAGGUUGGCUAGAAAACUUGAAAGGGAUUUAGAAAGAGCAAGGAGGGACAGGAGAGGAAAUGGAUUGUUGCCCAGUAACCAGGGCAUGGUAUAGGUUGAAGACAGGGAACUGAAGGAGCCGAAGUCGGAACUUCUCUGAAAGAAUGGCCUAUUAUCUGGGAGCUAGAACUACAUCAUGAUUGUUUUUUUCUUUUCUUUUUUUUCUUUUAAAGAUUUAUUUAUUUAUUAUGUAUACAGUGUUCUAUCUGCGUGCCAGAUCUCAUUACAGAUGGUUGUGAGCCACCAUGUGGUUGCUGGGAAUUGAACUCAGGACUUCUGGAAGAACAGCCAGUGCUCUUAACCGCUGAGCCAUCUCUCCAGCCCCAUGAUUGUUUUCUUAAACCAGUGUUGUUUUUCAAGACAAUUUAAGAUUCUUUUAAAUAUCUGACUUCUUAAAAUGAAUCAUUUUGUGUUAAAAUACAAUGUUUUUCUCUCUUUACAUGCACAGGUGGUGUCACGUACCAUACUUCUCCUGCAGUGGAGACAUUAUGCAUAUUAAAUAGCUCUCCCUUAAGAUGAGUCAACCCUUUUGUGAUGGGCCUACAUCUUGCUUAGUGUCUUCAAAGUUCGUAUGUGUCUUAGCAUGUAUCAGAGUUCACCUCAGUAUUUUUUUGAGACAGAUUCUUAUUAUGUGGUCUACACUGGCCCAGAACUCACCAUCCUCCUGCCUCAGUCCUGCACCGGCUGGAGUCACAGCUGUGUUUUGGAAGGUUGCCCUGUUGUCCAGCAAAUGUAUCCAGCUCCUCAUGACAUUAAACAGUUCUUACUUAGUACUUAAGCCUUUAAGAACAUAAGCAGGGGCUGGAGCGGUGGCUCAGCAGUUAGGAGCACUUGCUGCUCUUGCAGAGGACGCAGGUUUGAUUCCCAGCACCCACAUAGUGGCUCACAACCAAUUCCAGAGUGCCCAGUACCAGCUGUGAUCACUAUAGGCAUCAGGCACACACAUGGCGUACAUACAUAAAUGCAGGAAAGAUACUUAUACAAAACAGAUGAAUCAUAAAAAAAAUUAAAAAUCAAAACAGUAUCAGACCUUUGCUCCAGAUGGAGAAUUGGUUGUAUAUAACUAAUUCAAUUCACAGCUUUGUUCUGUUGUGUGAUAUUUUUGUCCAAUUUAGUUCGGAUUCAACUGUCAGAACAAAGUUGAUAGAUUUGUAGGAUAGAUUUAAGAAGGAAACUGCCUUU